UGUUUAUCUAAAGCAUUUGUACAUAAUGGAAAAAUAUAUAAAAUAUAUGCAGAUUAUUUGGUUAAAAGAACAAACAAAAGAGCAGUUAAAAAUAUUACAUUAGGUGAUAAUACUCAAAAUAAUAUUGAAUCAAUUUCACUAAAAGACUUGAGUGAAUAUGUUAUAAAAUCAAUUAAAAAUCUUGAGCCUGGUACUGGAUUUUUUCUUAUAACACAAGUUGAGAUUACUAAUAUUUCUAUUUCAGAUGAUCAAAGUUUUAAAAUAAUAGCAAAUAUAAUUGUUUAUAAUAUUGAAAAAG